AUGUCAAUCUAUGUGAUUCUUCUAUUAACUAUCUACAUUCUAAGUGCAUUCAUAAUCUUCCCACUUUUCGUUCAUUUCACAAAAAUCAAUCGUGAAAAAGACGAAAAAGUUCCAAUAUAUCAAAUCACAAAUCAUUUAUACAAAAUCACAUUCAUCUCACAAUUCAUUAUUUUUGUGUCAGCUAUAAGUAUAGCUACAAUAUUUCUAGGUUCAUCAGCAACUGACAAUGAGAAUGAUGAAAAAAAGUUUUUUUUAUUUUUUACAAUUGGAGGAAUCGCAUUUGCUGUGGUUUAUAUUUUCAAUCAAAUAGUUGUUCCGAUUCAAAAUCUCCUCAUAUUCCUGUUGGCUUUUCAAAGAUUCCUCCUUUAUUUUUAUCCAAGAUCUGAAAAAUAUAUAGUCCCUUCUGAAAAACGGUUCAGCUGUAUUAUUCGUUGGAUAUAUUUUAUUUGGAUUCUCGGAUUUAUUCUCUAUAUUGCUCUGGUGUCAAAAUGCAUUUCUGCCUAUAUUUUCACCCAUGUUUAUACCUGCCCUAGAAUUUACUCAACAAUAAAUUCGGCGAUUUAUGUAACCCUAGACUUUCUUGUCAUAUUCUCAUCACUUUUUUAUAUAAGUAUACUUAUAAGUGUGAGAAAAAUCACAAGUAUGUCUACUAGUGUUAUGAGAACUCGUCCGGAGAAAGCUAUCAUCUAUCAAACUCUGAUUUUAAUUAUUGUUAAACUUUUAUGUUUACCAUUUGUUCUUAUUGAAAUUGAUUUUCUCUUGAUUAGUGACAUCAAUACAAACAGCAUUAUGAAUGUGGUAAGCGAUGCGUUGCGUAUGCGUCGCGGUUACUGAAUAUUUUUUUUAGAUGUACUACCCAUUCUUCAUCAUUGAUAUUCUAACAACACCCAUCGUAUUUCAAAUCACAUAUUUGUUUUGCAAUAAAACAAAUCUGGAAGUUUUGCUGAAAAUGAAUUUCAGAAAAUUGAAAACUUGGAGUAUUGUUUGUUGUGGAUACACUUCUUCAAAUAUUGUGAAUUAUCAAAUUUCUAAUAUUUCUGGAAGUAUAUCGAAUUCCUGA